AUGUCCUACGGGUCAUCGACAUGUCGAAGUCGAAAAGGGAGUUGGCUUAUUUCGAAAGUUGAUGAAAAUGAAGUUGAUCAAGAGAUUGAGCAAGUUAUGGAUGAUUUUCGAAAGGAUAAUUUGAAUGGGGUUGAGAGGUUUGUAUUUUUUUUGAUUUUACGGAAAAAGAUCGGAUGAAACCACAAAUUCAAAACCUGAGCUUUCAGAUAAAAUCUGAAAUUAUCAAGUUAUUUUGAGAAUGUGGAGCUUUUGUCACUAAAAAUGUUGAAUCUUCGAACCUAGCCGAGAUUUUUUCAUUCGAAAAAUUCUUGUUCAAAGUACAUAUCUUCUCAGAGAUUCGCUGGCCAGCUCGCCACCAGAUCGCUGCGGCCACCUGGAAACCGCAUGGCCGCCAGGUCGCCUCGAGUUUUCCGGCGACGUGGCCUGUGUGUUUGAAAUUCUGGAAAGCUGGCAAGACAGUGGUUUGUACUCAAAACACUGCAUUUUCUACUGUUUUUUUCACUUCCUAAGGUUUCAAGUGCUGCGAAAAAACAGAAAAUGAGCCAAAUUUUUCGAAAAUGCCUCAAUUCAUAAGUUUUUCAGACAUUUUUAUGAAAAUUCAUUUUGACGCGGCGAAGUGGCCACCACAUGGUAGCCAUGUGGCCGUGACCUAGCCAGAGCCUGGCCACCUUGCCAGCGAAAAAAACCGGGCGACAUGGUUUCCAUGUGGUUCCCAGGUCAGCCAGCCUCCCCACCUGGUGGCGAGCUGGCCAGCGAAUCUCUGAGUUCUUUUUACGUAUCAACGAAACAAUUUGUUGUUUUUCCAGAAUCAAAGAAAUCGAACAUGCCCUUGAAUUUUGUCGAGACCAACUUAAAGAAUUGCUCAAUGAUGAACAAAUCGAGACAAAUGAUACUGGAAAAACGAAACCUAGUAAGACAGUUCCAAUCAUUUUUUCUCCUCCUCCUCAUAAGUUUCCUUCCAGUUGAUAUCAUUCAAGAUACUCUUGGAAAUUUGCCAAAUUUUGUGGAUCGCGAGAAAAAAUCGAUGAGAAAACAAAUGUAUUUUGAUAAAAUCGUGCAACUUGGAUUGGAAAGGCAAAGAAUUCAGGAACUCGAUGGAUCGAUUGAAAAUGAGAUUUUGAGAAUUGAAGGACACGAAUUUGUGAUUCAAUCAGCGCGAGGAAGACAUAAUCCGUGUUGUGAAGUAUGUAUGCAUGCGAUUUGGAGAUUGGUUCAAUAUUGGAGACGAUGUCGAAUUUGUGGAUUGAGAGCACAUGAUAAAUGUGCUGAAGAAGUGCGAAGAGUUUGUGCUGGUGUAUUAGCAGCGAGAAAUAAAUUCGAAUUACAAUUGAAUAUUUGCGAAGAGAGAAGUCUGGCUGAACAAGGUUAUCAAUGUGCUGAAUGUUCGGCUUCGAUUUGUUUUGAUGGACCAGCGGAACAAGAAGCUAGAUUGUGUGAUUAUAGUGGAGAAUUGUUUUGUCCAAAUUGUCAUUGGAAUGAUUUGUGGAGUAUUCCAGCAAGGUAAGGUUCUGGAUUUUCUGAACCGCAGCAUUUUUUUUCGAUUGGUAAACUUUUUUUUUCUGAAAUUUGUCUAUGUGAGAGAAAAUCGAAAAAAAAUUCAGAAUUUUAUUUUUCAAAACUUCCCGAAAAUUGAGAAAAUUUUACAAUCAAAAAUCACUUUCCGGAUUUUUCCGUGAAAAAUCCAAAAAUUCGGAAAAGUGUCUUCACAAGCCUAAAAUUUGCCUCAAAUCCUUUGUUUUUACAGAAUAGUUCACAACCUUGAUUCAACUCCUCGUCCAGUUUGCCGUGCAAUCAAACAACUUCUCUCAAUUGUUGAUAAUCGUCCACUAAUCGAUAUUAAUGAAUCGAGCCUCUCUCUUAUCAAAUUCCACAAAGAACUCCGUAGAGUCACUGAAAUUCGACGAAACUUUCUUCUUAUGAAAUGUUAUUUUGUUAGCUGCAGGGUAAUUUUUCUUAUGUUGAAAUUAACCCCCAAAUCUCCUUGUUUUCAGACAGCGAAAAAAUUGCGAAUUCUACAAUACCUCAAAGAUCAUAGUCAUUUCGUUGAUUCGGCAUCAACUUAUUCACUUCGGGAAUUGCGCGAACUUCUUGAUGGAACUAUUUUACAAGAAUUGGAGGAUAUUCAUACUGUAUUCAGAAAACAUAUUGAAGAAGAAUGCGAGACUUGUAAAGGAAAUGGAUUUUUCUGUGAACUUUGUAAUGAUGAUCGUAUUUUAUUUGCAUUCACUGAAAAUUCCAGAAAUUGUCAAAAAUGUUUGGCUGUUUAUCAUCGAAAAUGUUUUGAGAAACGAAGCUUGCAAUGUCCAAGGUAACCUGAUUCAUUCUUUAUGACUGUUAGUAUCCAAAAAUAAUUUUCAGAUGUGAUCGCCGUCGAAAACGAGAUGAAAAUACUAGAGAAUCACUAACUCCCUCACCAGAAGAAUAA